AUGUGGUCCCCGGCUGGGCCAUCAUGGCUGGUCGAGCACCAGCCUCCGAUGUCAUCUGCCAUAAUCAAUACCACUCAACCAUCGACUGACUACAGUCCACCUACAAAAUGGCCUCGAGCUACGACACCAGUUAAUACUCGUUCGACUGAUUCUUUUCUACUAGGGACCUCUGCUGACUCUGGCAUUGGUUUAAAUCUAACCUUUAGCAGUCCUCCAAUUAUCAAUAGAGUCGACCAAUCUAGGAUGUCCCCUGGUUUAAGAACUCCUACCUCACGCCCAGGAAUUCAUAUGAGCGCUACUCCUUCUCCAUUUCGAUCUUUCCGACUAUCGUCUUUUAGUUCUCCAACGUUUAGCGAUCGAGCACUACGGUUAUCGAAUUCAGAAAAUGUAGUUGGGUUUCGUUACCGUGGCGGAUCUAUUGAGAAACCAAAAAGGAUAGCUGAGAUGACGCCAUCACGUAAUGAAGCUAUUGAAUUAAGCAGCAGGUGUUUACAAAUCCCUUCCACUAGUGUUGAUGCAAGUCUGGACAGAACUCUUCCAAUGACUAUGGGUAAUUUCUGUGACUCACAUACCGAUAACCUGGCAGAUGAUUCCGGUCUAUUCUGCAGUGACAUAGGCUUACAUUCCACUUCAACACCUUUGCGAUCUCCUCCACAAGAAUUCCCAAACUGCGCUGUUAACAUUGCCCCUAUUCAUAAUCCUUACGCUGAUCUUUGCAUGAAGGCGGAGACGUCUGAGUCUUCAAUUCCGGCAUCAUCUUUGACGAUUAUGAAGUCCUCUCCGUCUACUCCCUCAUCUUUCAAACGCGCAAUGCGUGACGUGCAACGGCAAGGAAUUCUUCAACCCAGGAAGCUUUUGGUGGACAACACGAACGUGGUUAGUAGCCGUAAGGAUCUGAGUAGCAAGCAAAAGAUAGAAGACAAUGAGCUCGGGAAACGACGACGAGAAUCUACCAUCACUGUACCAUUUGAACCACCAAAAAAACCACUGAAGCCGUAUUCUCGUCGGUGGAUGCGAUUUGCAACAGGAGGAACACAAAACCAAAAGGAAUUGACUGCAGCCGCACAUGCAUUUAUCGCGCGCGCCCCACGAUUUGAAGAUAGUUGGUAA